AGCUUUCGGCGCUGGCUCCAGCCGCUCGGACAGCCGACCGCGUUGGGAUCCCCGGCGCAAAGAAGAGGGAACCGAAAGCCAUGGCGCCGCGCCGCUCUCCUUUGGCUUUGGCACUCCUGGCGUUUGCCUUGCUUGCCUCCCGCGCCUUCGUGGGCCUUCCGCAGGUCGCCGAGCUGCCCCAGACGGAGGCGCUACAGGGAGUGAUGACCCAGGCGCCGGAGCUCGGCAGCAGCGUGGCGCUGGCGGACCUGUCGCCCCUGGAGAACCCCAACAUCACCUUCGUGGUUUUGCUCUCCAUGUUCUCCAUGUCCAUCGCGAUGGUCGUUUGGGGCCGCAAUGGCUUCUGAGGUGUUUCAUGGCCGAGUUCGUCCAUUGGCAGUUGGAGCAGUUGGAGCCAGAACUUGUGACGGACCGUUCGCGAGGAGACAGGCGCGAGGAGAGUACGAAGGGCAGCAGGAAUCGCUGCGCUCAGAAUGCUGGCACUACUUCAACUCCUCAGCUUGUUUUCCAUUCACCAAAUCGGUUGGCAAGCAGAGCAAGCAUAGAGACGAAUUGCCCCAAGGUCCCCGCAACGUGUGUUCUCUC